AUGGCUAUUCAGCGCGCUCACCCUCUCCCAUCCACCCAGACCCAUCUAGACAAUCUUGAAGGAAAAUGUGACACAGCGGCUAUUUCUCUCGCAGGGUAUAUUUCACCAGUGAGUUUUGCGACAAGUACGCUUAAAUAUCAGCUACUCCACAUCGUUCACCUAAUCCCCAACGCCCGACAACCGAUAGAAGAUGCUUUGCCCAUGUUGAGUUGGAAACACCCUUCCCUUCCACAGAGGAGGCGGAGAUGGCUGGAAACCAUGCCUUACAAGAGGAUAUAUCAUCACCCAAGCGGGGUAACAACCUCGUGGAUCGCCUCCAACCUUGAGCUGAUUGCACAGGUCCAGACUUCUAAAAUCAGCGACAGGGACUCGGUUCCUGUCAACAUGCCAGACGCCCAUUCUCAACAUCACCUCCUUGAAGACGGCGAGAGCGCAGAUGUGCAGCGGCAAAUUAUAGCUCCUCCUCUGCCUUCUUCCCCAUCCCAUCCGCAACAUUACGGAGUAAGCCGCCAAACGAUCCCACCACCACCACCCAAAAGCAGCUCCUCGCCCAAACAAAUCACAGACGAAGACGAAGAAACCGUCAAGGCAUGGUAA